AUGCUGGAAAUCAGCCGGUUGCAGCACCUCACCAAAGCGCGGGUGCAGAUUGAGAAGCUGGGCCAAGAAGGUGCUGAUGGCUUCGGUACAGGCGCUGGCGGCCGGCUCAUCAUCCUGGCAGGACCACGCGAAGCGGUCCGAGACGCCGCUGUUCAAGCAGCAGCAAUGCUCGGCCAAGCAGGAGCACCAAGGGUGGGGAAAGGCCCACAGGUGCAUUGCAGCUGCGGGGAAGUCUUCACCGAGGAUGCUGCCUUCUGCAAGAAGUGCGGUGAGAAACGGCCGCAGGCAGCCCCAAGAGGCCGCAAGGCCCGGUCUGUGUCACCGGUCGCCAGCGGGCAUCCUGGGGCUUUGAGUACUGCUGCGGCAACAGCACGCCCAGGCACCAGUGACAGCCAAACUCAGCUGCUCAAGGCGCUGCUGGCCGGGCCCAUGCCGCAGCUCUCGCGCUUGGAGCUUUUGUUUCCAGCAGACUUUGUUAGGCUCUGCUUGGAGUCCGGCAGCCACUUGCAGACGGUCACCCUCCGCAGCGGCAGCCACGUGGAGCUGUCCCCGCCGGGCCCAGAGUCCAUGAGAAUGGUGACCGUGAACGGCACGAUGCUGGGGAACACGAUGGCAGUGCUCCAGUUGCAAGAACUACUACUUCAGUAUCAGAGAUGA